AUGCAGCGAGCCUUCGCCUCAGCAGCGCGCUCGUCUCUGAACGCAUCUUCCCCAUACUCCAAAACAGCCGGCCGAAGUUUACAGCAACUGCGGUUUGCUCACAAGGAGCUCAAGUUCGGGGUUGAGGGUCGUGCACAGCUGUUGAAGGGUGUUGAUACGCUUGCCAAAGCUGUCGCUACUACACUCGGGCCAAAGGGAAGGAAUGUUCUGAUUGAGUCGAGCUAUGGCUCGCCCAAGAUCACAAAAGAUGGUGUGACUGUCGCAAAGGCCAUCACGCUACAAGACAAAUUCGAAAACCUGGGCGCCCGCCUGAUCCAAGAUGUCGCCUCAAAAACGAACGAAGUCGCCGGUGACGGCACCACCACAGCCACCGUGCUUGCCUCCGCGAUCUUCUCCGAGACCGUCAAGAACGUCGCCGCCGGCUGCAACCCGAUGGACCUCCGAAGAGGCACCCAAGCUGCCGUCGAUGCUGUCGUUGACUUCCUGCAGAAGAACAAGAAGGACAUCACCACAUCGGCUGAGAUCGCCCAGGUCGCAACCAUCUCGGCCAACGGCGACACUCACGUUGGCAACUUGAUCUCCAAUGCCAUGGAGAAGGUCGGCAAGGAGGGCGUCAUCACUGUCAAGGAGGGCAAGACUAUCGAGGACGAGCUUGAGGUCACCGAGGGCAUGCGCUUUGACCGUGGCUUCACCUCGCCAUACUUCAUCACCGAUACAAAAUCCCAGAAGAUCGAGUUUGAGAAGCCACUCAUUCUCCUCUCCGAGAAGAAGAUCUCCGCCGUGCAGGAUAUUAUCCCUGCUCUUGAGGCAUCCACACAGCUGCGCCGUCCCCUCGUGAUCAUCGCUGAAGACAUCGACGGCGAGGCACUGGCUGUCUGCAUUCUCAAUAAGCUCCGCGGUCAGCUACAGGUCGCUGCCGUCAAGGCACCAGGCUUCGGCGACAACCGCAAGAGUAUCCUCGGCGACAUCGGUAUCCUGACCAAUGCCACCGUCUUCACUGAUGAGCUAGACAUCAAGCUGGAGAAGGCCACCCCAGACAUGCUCGGCUCGACCGGCUCCAUCACCAUCACAAAAGAGGACACCAUCAUCCUCAACGGCGAAGGCUCCAAGGACUCCAUCGCGCAGCGAUGCGAGCAGAUCCGCGGUGUGAUGUCCGACCCAUCAACCUCCGAAUACGAGAAAGAGAAGCUGCAGGAGCGUCUCGCUAAGCUGUCUGGCGGCGUGGCUGUCAUCAAGGUCGGCGGCGCUUCCGAAGUCGAGGUUGGUGAAAAGAAAGACCGCGUCGUUGAUGCACUCAAUGCUACCCGCGCAGCUGUCGAAGAGGGCAUCCUGCCCGGUGGUGGCACCGCUCUGAUCAAGGCUGCGGCCUCCGCGCUCAAGGACGUCAAGGGCGCCAACUUCGACCAGUCCCUCGGUGUCAGCAUUGUCAAGAACGCCAUCCAGCGACCAGCCCGGAAGAUCGUCGAGAACGCGGGUCUCGAGGGAAGUGUUAUCGUUGGCAAGCUGAUGGAUGAGUAUGGUUCGGACUUCCAGAAGGGCUACGAUAGCGCCAAGGGCGAGUAUGUUGACAUGCUCAAGGCUGGUAUUGUUGAUCCGCUGAAGGUUGUGCGGACGGCGUUGGUUGAUGCGUCUGGUGUGGCGUCGCUGUUGGGUACGACUGAGGUGGCCAUUACGGAGGCACCGGAGGAGAAGGGUGCUGGUGGGCCGGCAAUGGGAGGGAUGGGCGGCAUGGGAGGCAUGGGAGGCAUGAUGUAA